UUUUUGAACUUUUACCAUUAAUGAUGGGGCUAUCCACUGCAGGACAUGCAAGGUCCAUCGUCUCCCUUCUUUCUUCUUGGACAGAAGACAGGAGCUGACUCUUCAGCUUCCUUGGUACCUUUCUUCUUCUUGACUCUAAUCUUUUUCUUGGUUUUCUUCACUUCAUUAUUUUUAGAAAGCACCUGAAGAAUAGCUGAGUUUCCUUUAUCAGUAGAGCUGAUUAAAGACUCUACAUUUACAGUAAACUUGAUAGAAUCAGCAGCUCCUUGGGUUCUGAGGUAAUACUGCCCAGUCUUAAGUCCGUUCUUCCAAGCAUAGAAGUGCAUUGAGCUCAUCUUUGCAAAGGUUGGCUCACUCAUGUAUACAUUUAAUGAUUGAGAUUGACAAAUGAAUGGUGCUCUGUCGAUAGCUAAGUUGAGAAGAGUCUUCUGAGGGAUUUCCCAAACAGUCUUAUAGAGAUUCUUAAUAUCUUCUGGAACUCCUUUAAUUCCUUGCAGGGAUCCAUUGCUUCCAAUCAAAGCAUUCUUUACUUCCCAAGUCCAUAGUCCAGCUUUGAUCAAAUCUUUUACUAAAUGUUGAUUUACGCAGAUAAACUCUCCUGCAAGAACUCUUCUCGUGUAAAUAUUGGAAGUAUAAGGUUCAAAGCUCUCAUUAUUUCCUAGAACUUGAGAAGUACUGGCAGUUGGCAUUGGAGCAACCAAUAGAGAGUUUCUAACACCAUGCUCUUUGAUUUCUUCUCUCAGAGCAUCCCAGUCAUAUCUAUCAGUGUAUGGUUCCUUUUCCCAGAGAUCAAACUGCAACUUUCCUUGAGAGAUUGGGGAUCCUGGGAAUGUCUCAUAGUGUCCUUCUUCCUUUGCUAAAUCGCAGGACAUUGUCAAGGCAGCAUGGUAGAUAGUCUCGAAGAUCUUCUUGUUAGCAUCGGUAGCUUCUUCACUCUCAAAUGGAAUUUUCAUUCUUUGAUAAGCAUCAGCUAAUCCUUGAACACCAAUUCCAAUAGGUCUGUUUCUAAAGUUCGAAUAUUCAGCUUCAGGGAUUGGGUAAUAGUUAUUGUCAAUAACUCUAUUCAAAUUCUUGGUAAUAGUCCUUGUAACAGAGUGAAGCUUUUCAUAAUCGAAGACUCCUUCAUCAUUGACGAACCUUACUAAAGAAAUAGAUGCCAGGUUGCAGACAGCUACUUGAUCUUUAUCAGUAUAUUCCAUAACCUCACAGCAAAGAUUCGAGCUUUUGAUAGUUCCAAGAUUCUGUUGAUUAGAUUUCUUGUUGGCAGAGUCCUUAUAGAGCAUGUAUGGAACCCCUGUCUCAAUCUGGGAUUCAAUAAUAGCAUUCCAAAGAUGCUGCGCCUUGAUUGUUUUCUUUCCUUUGCCUUCUUGCUCAUAUUUAGUAUAAAGUGUUUCGAAUUCUUCACCCCAGCAUUCAAACAAUCCUGGACAUUGGUUUGGACAAAAGAGGGUCCAGUCACCAUCUUCCUCAACUCUCUUCAUGAACAAAUCACAGACCCAAAGAGCAUAGAACAAGUCUCUUGCUCUGUUUUCUUCUUUACCAUGGUUCUUCUUUAAACUCAAAAACUCAUAGAUGUCUGCGUGCCAAGGUUCGAGAUAGACGGCAAAAGCUCCUUUUCUCUUACCACCUCCUUGGUCGACAUAUCUAGCAGUGUUGUUAUAGACCCUGAGCAUUGGGACUACUCCAUUAGAGAUUCCAUUAGUGCCUCUGAUGUAGGAGGAUGUAGCUCUGAUGCAAUGGAUAGCAAGUCCAAUACCACCUGCGUUCUUAGAGAUAAUGGCACACUGUUUGAGAGUGUCAUAGAUUCCUUCAAUAGAAUCCUCUUGCAUCGCAAGUAAAAAGCACGAACUCAUUUGUGGUUUGGGAGUUCCUGAAUUAAACAGAGUGGGGGAUGCAUGAGUGAACCAUUUAUUACUCAUCAAAUCGUAAGUCUCAAAAGCAGACUCUAGAUCCUUCUUAUGGAUUCCGAUAGACACUCUCAUCAACAUUGUUUGUGGUCUCUCAAUGAUCUUGUCAUGAACUUUUAGUAAGUAAGAUCUCUCGAGAGUUUUGAAUCCAAAGAAAUCAUAAGUAUGAUCUCUCUUGUAAUCAAUAUACUCUUCAAUCUUUUCUUUGUUUUCCUCAAUAAUCUCAAAGACAUCUUCUGAGAUCAAAGGAGCUGGUCUUCCAGCUUUGUCGACAUAGUCUCUCAGUUGUUUAAUAGCUUCAUAGAAGGAAUCAGGGGUCUCUUUAUGAAGGGCGCUGACUGAAAUCCUAGCUGCAAGAGUAGAGAAAUCUGGAUGCACAAUGGUCAUAUAAGCACAUGUCUCUGCCAAAAGGUCAUCAAUUUGCUUAGUAUUCUUACCUUCAUAAAUUCCAUUUUCAACCUUUUCAAGAACUUCUUUAUGAGUAACAUAUUCUUUAUCAAGCUCAUAAGAGAAAGUCUCAAGUCUUUUUUGUAGCUUGUCUUUGCUAAAUGGUUGCUUGGAGCCGUCCCGCUUUAUAACUAAUUUAGGAUCGGCUGGAGGAGCCAUUUCUGUAUCGCCAGUCUUUUCCAUUCAAA